AUGGGCAAAAACGACGACGUUAUGCCUGAGGAUUACCCAUACCAGUGGUCUCCAAAGUCUCAGACCACCCUACAAGAGUUUCUCACCAAGUACAAGCCGUCGAUGGUCCAGGACGACGGAACGAAGCCGUGGCUGUGGACCGCCAAAUCCGAGGACCGUUCUGGCGACAGCGGCAUGUUGGCCGCUGUUGAAGAAGCAACAGCCUACCUUGCCGACGUCACUGAGCGCGUAGAGAAGAUCCAGGUGCAUCUUGUCACAAUUACUCGACUGUGGCCGCAGCUCGGCGUCCUGCUCGUUCGGGCGAACAAGAAAAAGGGUCUCAGGAGCAAGAAGGAAAUGCGCGAAGAGGUACAAAGCGAGGCUACGCAGAAGCUCAAAGAGAUCUCCACCAAGCAUGGUUUUCUUGUUGGCAAAUGGCUAAUCUUCGCACAGCCCGACAAGGUGGAUAUGAUUUGGAGUUCGGUCGCCACGUCGCUGGUAUCUGGGCCACUUUCUACCACCAGCGCAUAUCUGGCCAAAGUGGCCACAAGCCCGAAGAAUGACACGCCCAACUACUCGCAUCUCAUCUGCGUCUAUAUGCCAGACGCCCUUGACCAAGCCAAGGUCACCGAGGUCAUGAAGGUCCUCCUCCGACAUCACGGCCUCAAUCUCAUGGGAGUGAAAACCGAUCUCUACACGCACAUAGGGCUUGACAGCAAGCAUCCCAGCGGUGUGUCGUCAACGGUGUGGAAGAACACUGCCCUCAUGAAAGACACGGAGAUCAAGGCUCUGAAGGAGGAAUACUUCAAGGAGCUCGAGGCCGCCAAGAGUGCCGCGGCGGCCGAGAAAAAGACGGCGACGGCCGGCGAUGGUGCGACGGCGGCCCCUGCGAAGGCGAAACCGAAGCUGAAGAAAAAGGCGGGCGCGGACGACCCGUUCGCGUCCGAGGACGAGGGUGAACAGAAGGAGAAGGAAGGCGAAAAGGAGAAGAAGGCGAAAGUCGUGGAGGGGAAGAAGCCCGCGUCUAAGAAGCCACCUUCCACUGCGGUCCGAGACGAGGCUGAGGAGGAGGCGCGGAAGGCGGAGCUGAAGAAGCUCAAGGCGGGCGCUGCGAAGAAGCGUAAGGGGAGUGAGAGCGAUGAGGAAGAGGAGGAGGUCGCUCCCAAGAGGAAGCGUGGGCCAUUCGUCAACGGUGGGGAGCGACACAGACUUUCGAAGGCCCUCGUGAGCAUGGAAGAGGAGGUGAAUCCCGACGUUCACCUUGGUAAAUCAUUUGAAUACACGUUAAUCGGGCUUCCUGGUAGCCCCCCAUUGCGUAUUUGCGCGAUCACCUGCACCAGUGAAGCCCAAAAAUGGACGGCUCCCACGAAAGAGCAUGGCGGUGAUAGUAAAACCGUCAAGGAGAUUCUUCCUUGGGAAAUCGGCUGCGCCGGUCGAGAUGAGAGGAAAGAGGGCCACACUCUCGUUUCCAAAUGA